AUGAGAAUCUAAUGAAGAGUCGCUGACAUAAUUGGUUCUUUGAGUCUUCUGGGAAGAAAAGAGAAAAAUGUGAAAUAGCAACUUGACGAACGUUGAAACCCUGGACGGAGGAGAAGGAGAUGGAGAUGGAGCUGCACUUGCUUGUACCAUUCCUGUUCUUGUUGUUGUCCUUUCAUGGCGUCGUUGAAUCUAGGGUGUUUAUCAAGUCAAAUGACAGCAAAUUCCUAACCCAGGACGAACUCUGGUUCGAGCAAACACUCGAUCACUUCUCCCCAAUUGAUCACCGUCAGUUUAGACAGCGCUACUAUGAAUUUCUUGACUACUUCCAAGCUCCUGAUGGGCCUAUAUUUUUGAAGCUCUGUGGUGAAUCCUCAUGUGAUGGAAUUUCAAAUGACUAUACCAGUGUCUUGGCAAAGAAGUUUGGUGCUGCUGUGGUAUCUCUUGAGCAUCGAUAUUAUGGGAAGAGUUCUCCUUUCAAGUCACUGACAACAGAAAAUCUAAGAUAUCUUUCGUCAAAGCAGGCUCUUUUUGAUUUGGCUGUUUUCCGUCAAUAUUAUCAGGAAUCCUUGAAUCUGAAGCUCAAUAGAUCAAAUGUUGAGAACCGCUGGUUUGUUUUUGGUGUUUCUUACUCUGGGGCUCUUAGUGCUUGGUUCCGUUUAAAAUUUCCCCAUUUAACAUGUGGAAGCCUCGCAAGUUCUGCAGUUGUUCUUGCUGUUUACAACUUUACUGACUUUGAUAAACAGAUUGGAGAGUCAGCUGGUGCUGAUUGUAAAGCUGCAUUACAAGAAGUUACCAAACUUGUAGAGGAAAAGCUUGUGUCUGAUGGAAAAGCAGUAAAAACUUUGUUUGGUGCAGCUGAGCUUAAAAUCGAUGGUGAUUUUCUUUUCUUUCUGGCAGAUGCUGCAGUUAUAGCGUUCCAAUAUGGGAACCCGGAUGUUCUAUGUACCCCUCUUGUUGAAGCAAAGAAAGAUGGAAAGAACUUGGUGGAUGUAUAUGCCAACUAUGUGAAAAACUAUUACCUUGGAAAGUUUGGAGUUGAUGUUCAAACAUACAAUCAACAAUUCUUGAAGAACCCUGCUAUCCGUGAAGGCAGUGAAGCUAGACUAUGGUGGUUCCAGGUUUGCACUGAGGUUGCUUAUUUCCAGGUGGCACCUUCUAAUGAUAGUAUUCGCUCUUCAAAGGUUGACACAAGAUACCAUUUGGACCUCUGUAAGAAUGUCUUUGGAGAGGGCAUAUAUCCUGAUGUGGAAGCGACGAACACAUAUUAUGGAGGCACAGGCAUUGCGGGUUCAAAGAUAGUUUUCUCAAAUGGCUCACAGGACCCCUGGCGACAUGCAUCCAAGCAGACUUCGUCUCCAUCUAUGCCCUCUUACAUCAUCUCAUGUCAUAAUUGCGGCCAUGGAACUGAUCUCAGAGGAUGCCCACAAGCUCCUUUAAAUCCUGAAGGUGAUGACCAACACUGCAGCUCUCCUGAUGCCGUGCACAAAGUGAGACAGCAGAUCGUAGAACAUAUAGACUUGUGGCUUUCUGAGUGUCAACAACCCACAGGGAGAGGCUACUGAUGCAGCUGCGCGGGGACUUUUGAUCGGACUGCAUAAAAUAGUCAAGGCAGGAUGGGAAGUGUAGGUUAUUUGGAGUGAUUUGGAUGGACUGGGACGAUUAAUGCACUCUCAGAGUUUUUUGGAGUGGCCGUGGACAAUCCUUUAUCUUAGACUUGAAUUGGAACAUUGGCUUCUAAAGCCCAUUUUUUGUGUACAUACUAAUGAACCUGUAAUUAUGGUAAAACAUCUAGCCCUUAGGGCACUGGUAGGCAAAACUAGGUUCCGGAACUUUUUAUAAUAUGAAUGUUUUUGUUUGAUUUUCGAAUAAAAAAAAUGAGGUCAUUUUGGUA